UUAUUCAUUGUAUACAUUUAUCUUUUGAGUAUUAAAUACCAGCUAGCACCUAGUGCCCUAGUGCCUAGUGCUUAGUCGUUACCAACUAGGUGCCUGCCUAUAAUAGUAUUAUUUAUAUUUUUUAAUUUUAUAAUUUGUUAAUUAGUUUUAUGUGUGACUAGUUUUACUCACUUACAAUAAUUAAGUGUAAUUUAAUUGUUAUCUCGUUUUUUUUUUUUAUAUAAAUAUCUUUACAUUUCAAUUCAAUUUAAAUAGUCUUGUGUAGGACUCGUUAAAGUUUACAACUCAGGUUUCAAUAGUCUAAAUUAAUACUUCAUUUAACAUGGCUAAUGAAGUAUAUAUUGUAUCUGCCGUCCGUACACCAAUAGGUUCAUUUGGCGGUUCAUUGUCGUCUUUGAAAGCUCAUCAAUUAGGCUCCAUAGUGAUUUCAGAAGUACUUAAAAGAGCGAAUGUCGGUUCAAAUGAAGUGUCUGAAGUUAUUCUUGGACAGGCCCUUACAGCUGGACAAGGUCAAAAUCCGGCCAGACAAGCUUCAAUAAAUGCUGGAAUUCCAAUUGAUGUACCUGCUCAUGUUAUUAACAUGCUCUGUGGAUCUGGGCUGAAGGCUGUGGUUCAUGGAUACCAGUCAAUCAAAUGCGGAGAUUCUUCAAUUGUCGUUGCAGGUGGCCAAGAGAGCAUGAGUAACGCUCCACAUGUUGUCAAUUUACGAUCUGGUAUCAAAAUGGGUAACACAGAAUUGAUGGAUACGAUGCUUUGCGAUGGUUUGACAGAUGCAUUUGACAACAUACACAUGGGUAUUACUGCUGAAAAUAUUGCUGAACAGUAUAAUAUUUCAAGGGAACUCCAAGACAAUUAUGCUUUUGAGUCUCAGAAACGGACAGCAGAAGCUCAAAAAAAUGGUUACUUCAAAGAUGAAAUAACACCAGUUGAGGUGAAAAUACGACGGAAUACCAUCAUAUUUGACACAGAUGAAUAUCCAAAAAAUGAUACUACUUUAAAUUCAUUAUCUGCUUUGAGACCAGUUUUUAAACCUAAUGGUGGUGUAGUCACAGCCGGAAAUGCAUCAGGAAUAAAUGAUGGUGCUGCAGUAGUACUUUUAAUGAAUGGAGAAGAAUGUAAAAAACGAGGCUGUACUCCAAUAGCUAAAAUCGUAGCUCAUGCUGAGUGCGGGGUUGAUCCCAAAAUAAUGGGUACUGGACCAAUACCUGCUGUGUUUAAGACGAUUAAAAAAGCUGGUUGGACAAUGGAUAGUGUGGAUAUUUUUGAAUUAAAUGAAGCAUUUGCCGCACAAUCAAUUGCUGUAGUGCGUGAUUUAGGAUUAAAUUCAGAUAAAGUAAACAUUUAUGGAGGUGCUAUUGCAUUGGGUCAUCCUAUCGGAGCAUCUGGUGCUCGAGUAUUGGUUACGUUGGUGCACAUAUUGUUAAGGACUGGCAAAAAACGAGGAAUAGCAUCCUUAUGUGUUGGCGGAGGUAUGGGUAUUGCUGUUGCUGUUGAGACAUUAUAAUCAAUGAUUACUUAAUUGUUCUCCGUAUAAAAGUACAUCAGACUGUUACAUUACUGAGGGAAUAUUAUGCAUCAUCUAACAAAGCAAAAAUAGUUUUGCUGAAAUCAGGGUUGAUAAUUUUUUUUUAAUCUUGUAUUCUAUUUAAAAUGUUUUUGUUAAUGGGUUAUGGGUUAUGACCAAGUUUUCAGUGUUAAUUAUUGUUAAUAAUUUAAAUUUAGAUUAUUGUUAAUUCACAUUGAUAUGAUAGUUUAUUGAAAUUGCUUUUUAAGAAUAUUAUCCUGUAUUCAAAGUAUUGUAUUUUUUAAAUACACCAGUCCAAUUAAGAUUUUUUAAGUUGAUAAACUUAAGCAAAUUGUAUACCUUUUAAUUUAAAUAUGUAUACAUUUUUAUAGAAAACAAUUCAAUGCGUAAUAUUAGAGUUUUCAUGCAUCAUAAUGUAUUAGUGUACUUUUUCAUAUCAAUACCAGACACCAGUGUAAAAUUAUACUUAGAUAAUUAUUUGAAUAAUAGUCAUAGUAUAGCUUUUACCAAAUGUGCCAAAUAUUUUUGAAAAAAUUAACUUUACAUACAUUGUAAUUUGUAGUUCAUUUAUAAUAAUUAAUUAUUAACUGAACAAUACUCAUAUUUUUGUUGACAAUGAA